CCCUGACGGUGCAUCUGAGGGCCACACUGCACAUUCCGGACUCUCGUCUCCAGAGCCUGCGCGAUCUGCAUGCAUUGACUUAUCGUUCGCGUCUAUCUUUGAGGUCAUUAGUCAGUCCGAAGACGCCACUCUUCUCGGCAUCACGCCAAAUACCAUCUGCAGCCAGCUAAGGGCGUUCGUGAAUGCCCGAGAAAGCUGACUGUACAACUAUUUGCUGGAAGCGCUUUACCCCACAAAGAACUCUAUAAAGGCGUAGCGAUUCAAUUGCCUCUGCGCUUGAUACCCUACAAAGCAUGGCGACCUCUAAGACGGCGAUCUUCCUGACUGGAGCAACAGGCUAUAUCGGUGGCGCUGUGCUCGCCCGUCUGCUGAAGCACCCGAGUGCAGAGACGUUCGAUAUCACGGUCCUGACGCGCGAUGCGAACAAGGCCAAGAAGCUCGAGACCUUUGGGGUGAAGGCGGUGGUGGGGACGCAUGACGAUCUGGACAAGCUCGAGUCGCUGGCGGAGCAGUCGCACGUUGUCUUUUCUUGCGCGGACGCGGAUAACUUGCCUGCUAUUCAAGCGAUAUUGCAAGGACAGAGAAAGAGACAUGCGUCUGUCGGCGAUCUGCCUAUUUUGAUUCAUACGUCUGGUACAGGUGAAAUCGCUGAAGGGACCAAAGGAAUGUAUGCGUCGGAGACGUCCUACUCAGACACGAACGUAGAGCAGAUCAAGUCCAUCCCGGAGACCGCUUUUCAUCGCAAUGUUGACCUCACAGUUGUCGCCGCUGACCAACAAGGAUAUACAAAGACGUACAUCGUGCUCCCGUCCACCAUCUAUGGCAUUGCCACCCACCCCCUCGCACAGGCGGGCAUCUCGAACCCACACUCGAUCCAAAUCCCCAACAUCAUCCGCGUCUCGAUUGAGCGGAAGCAAGCCGGCAUGGUGGGCCUCGGCAAGUCACUCUGGCCUGACGUGCACAUCGAUGACCUGGCGGAGCUGUACAUCACGAUCUUCGAUACGGUCACGCGCGACCCGGAGCUCGGGCACGGCUGGGAGGGCUUCCACUUUGGCGAAAAUGGCGAGCACUCGUGGUACGACAUCAGCAAGGCGAUUGCCGUGGCGUUCGUCGAGCUCGGCCUCGGCGGGAGCGACGAGCCGACGACGUUCACCACGGAGGAGCUGGUCAAGUUCUGGGGCUCAGAGGCAAUUGGAUUGUACUAUGGGAGCAACGUGCGCUGCACCGCGGACCGCGGGCGCUCGAUUGGGUGGAAGCCGAGGAAGACGACGAAGGACAUGAUCGCGAGCAUCAAGCCGGAGGUGCAGUCGCUGUGGAAGGAGGCGCAGGAGGAGGGUGGUCUGAAGCUGUCCACUUCGUGAUGGGGUUCGUAUGGCACAGAAUCGCUGAGGAAGAAUUCGAUCAUGUACAACAGUAAGUGGAGAAUCACGGCGGACAGAAUGCGGUGCUAUUUUUGCGUCGCAAUAUGUUGUGGAUUCAUGACCGUGCUACAUGCCAGCUGAUACCACGAUCAUCGUGCUGGCCUUGCUUUUGCUGUGAACUACUUACUUUUUCAUGCCCAUGAUCAAGGCUUAAUCAGUAAGCAUGAAGCAGAAUAUUGUAGUGCUACGUUAAACGCUGGAAGCGGACGCGGACGAAGUUGAUGACGUCAUAUGUGAUCUACAAUGUCAUGUGCCCUUGUCGU